CGUUGGAAUUCUCAUUUUCCAAUGGAUCCCAAGGAACGAAGGGGCGCAGAGCGUCCGGGAAGCGGGGCCAGAAAUGGUCUGGACUCGGAUGGUGCAAGCCAUUCCGACCGCUGGGCUCUUCUCUCCGGCUGUGGCUCCUCGAUGCCCUAAAGUGCAAGCCUCCGAAAUAAAACAAAAGGGCGAGACAAGAGCCAGCUGAGAGCAGGAUGAAAUAGCGUUUUUUGGCCUGCAUGUGUCCUGCCUGGGUCAAGAGGAUUGUAAAUAAACACAAGAAUCACCCAAGUUUCCCAAUCAACACUUUCAGCUCCAGUCCGCCAUCUUCCCGCCUGUAAAGACUUCAAACUCUCCGCUCCCACCUUCUCUGGAUGCCUUUCCCCAAGCCGUGGACUGAUCCAGCGCAUGUGGGCGAUUUCUUUAACUUUCUCCCCUUCGGUCUUUCAUCUUUGGGCUGCACAAUGGACGCAAGACAGCGGGGCUGAAUAUUUCACACCCAGGGCGGGCGAGCAGCGGACUGUAAUUUUCUUGCAUGCAACAAGACGGAGGAAAAGAAAGAGAGGGGGGGAAGAAAAAAAAAAGCUCCCGAUGCCCAAUCAAUGGCAAGACGAAGUGAUUUCCUUGCCUCUCGGAUUCCUCACGGCAGCGUGGAGAACGAGCCCCGGGAAAGCAACUUCAACUCAUCCGCACUCCCGUGCAGAGCACUCGGGUUCCAACAAGUCAGCCGAGCCCCGGGCUCAGCCGGCUAGUGCAUCUUGCAGCUGGGGCGCCGUAACCUCACAAAUCCCUGCAUCUCUCUUUAUUCCCUUCUGCAGCGGCUCCAAGACUCCGGCGGUGUUUACUCCUGCGCUCGCGGGGCCGGCCCCCGGGACGCGCGGCGGCCCGGCUGGAGGCGGCGGCGGCGGCGGCGGCGGCGGCGCUGGGUGA